AUGUCAUCCAUCCCUCCGAACACGUUCCCUGGGCUCAGCAUGGGCUCUUCUGCGGUGUCUCUUGCUAGCGGUGGAGCCUUGUCUCAUAAUCUCCACGGUUCCCUCUCGUCUUCGAGUUUCUAUGGUGGUCACAACUCUGGUAUCGACGCUCACGAUGACCAGUCGCAUUCUCGCUCGGUGUCAAACUAUUCGCACAUGUCUGGGGGCUACGGUAAUCAGAGCCAGUGGACUCAUGCUCAGCAGGACGCAUAUAUGCAACAGACGCAGCUGAACCUGAUGAACGAGCGCAUCAAGACGCUCGAAGCCCAGCUCAUCGAAGUCAAAGCGCAUCGGGACGCUUACGAGCAGCAGAGGAACUCGAUUCAUUCCCUGAAGCAUAGCGCGUCAAACCCUGCAGGUGCUUCUAUGGUGCCUGGCGGAUCCUCGGUUCCAACUCCCGACGAACUCUCGAAGAUCGACGACGAUGUAGACUGCCUCGGUAGGAGUCUGACGGAUAUGCGUGCGAACACAAAGGUCCAAUACUGGCAUCAAAAGGACUACAACGGCUGGGAUAAGAAGAAGGUUGGAGACCUGACCAAGUUCGGGCCAACUCCAUGGCUCGAAAAUACGAAAGGCAAGCCCAUUCCCAAGGCUAACGUCAAAGCCUGCAGAGAAUCCAUGCGCACCCUCUUCAUCAAGCACGCGAGGAAGGGAGAGCUCGCAUCAAACUGGCGGGCUCUGCCUUUCGAUGUUGUCAAGGCUGUUCGUGAUGCUAUCUACGAGGAAUAUCCCUGGCUUGCACUAUGCGUCAACCACUGGAAGUUCGACAUCCUCGGGCGCCACACAUUUCCCAACUUCAAACGCACCAAGCUUGACAACGAAGGUAAUCUCCUUGUCAAGGGGCCCAUCAAACGUCCGAGAGGACUCAAGGCAUCGGCAAAACUCAAGGCUGAGGCUACCGCUGAAGGAUCUCCUGCGCGUCAUCCAGAGCUUGGGGCGCACGAAGAAGCAUUGGAUGAGUGCAUUGACGCGAACUCGGACAGCGAGAAUAUGGACGAGGCCCUCCAUGAUGAGACGGCGUAUCGUCUCGUUGAUGAGGUGGAUGGUGUUCCAGCGGCCGCGGAUAUGGAGGACAUUGAGACUGGUAAUAUUGUCACGCAUGACCUCAGUCCCGGGCUCGCCAUGGAUGACGAGGCUGUUGGUGCUGACGACGCUGACGCUGGUAGUGAGCCCAUAUAUGAACCCGAUCCCGAACUCGCCAUGGACGAUGAAGAAUUCGGCCCCGAUUCCACCAGCUCACGCUCGCUGUCCCCCUACGAGGCUGAUGGGCUAGGUGGCACCGAGACGGCCUCGCCUUCUCUCGAAUAUGCCAGCGUUGUGCCGCAGCACGUUGAGCCGCAGGGUAAUACUAUCCUCCAUCCUCCCCCUCACCCGACCGAUACAGGCAUCCUGCAGUCCAUGGCCAGCACUGCCGGACUUGUCUCUCUUACUCGCUCGCAUGCGAGACAAGGGGCUGAGGGCACCCAACAAGCUCUGCCUCGGAUGCUUCCUACGCCGACCAUCACGCCGUUAGCUGCCGUUGCUCGCAAGCCAUCGAGAGCGAGCGCCGCCUCAACGAACUCCGUUUCAACCGCUGCAACAGCCACCAAGGUUCGGCCAUCUGCAUCGGCUGCCGUUGCCUCUCGGGAGGCCAGCCAGCCUGCAUCUGCAGGUGUCGCUGGCGCGCGUCGUGUCUCCAGGAGGGUCUCGACAGUCGUCACAGCCCCUACAGCUCCUGCUAGCCCGCAGGAGAUUAAUCAGCCCAGUCUCGGCGAUAUCUCGAUCCAGAAGCAGGCGCCGGCAGGCUCAGGUGCUGGCGGCGUGGAUCCGAAUGCUGCAGGUUCCAAGAGGGCGAAUGCAGCACCUCCAGACAACGUUCCUACUGCCAAGAAGACCAGGAAAACAACAACGCCAUCGAUGCCAGCUUCUACAGCGUUCCGCUCGAGGGCAAAGGACGCGCUCGAGAAUCCUAGCAAAGCCAAGGUGGCGAAGAGAGCUGCUGCUCAAAAGGAACUGUACGCCGAGCCCGUACCUGGAGCUUUCGACGAACUCGAGAAGGUGGUAAGCCCCGGCAAGGAAAACGUCGUCCCGGCGGUUUCGUCUAGCUCUACAAGCGUCGAGAACACUAGUGAGGCCGUCGACUCCGUGGUCUAUCGUACAACCGGGCGCCAGAAGAAUGGAAAGACUCUCAUGGCGAUCCGCUACAUCGCCUCUGUACCUAGUGGUCAAAACGUCACCGAGCAGGAGGUAGAGAGCAUGUACAGCGGUCUUUCUAGGGUUCAGAAAUCGAGCUACGCGAACGACGCGAAGCAAUUGGUGGCUUCUAAGACGUGGAAGACCGAGGCCGAUGUCGCCCAUGGCACCCGUUUCUAG